CUCUCCCCUAAUACCAGUGCAGUUUGUUGCUGUUGCCUGAAGCGGCCACUGCGUCUCUGUUUUCCCUCUAGAAGUUAGAAAAACAGUAUUUCGGAGCACUCUUUUUUUUUUUUUUAUUUCUUGGCAUUUUGCUUAACCUGCGGGUGCUGCCUCAGAAUCGCGUGGAGAGGAGAAACUUCUCUGGGACUUAGAGAAAAGCAAGCCGAGAGGAGGAUUUUGCUGGAAAACUCUUUGGGAAGCUGGAGACCUUCUCGGGAUGUCUGCCGUGGGCUUGUUCUCCUCUAGCAGCUAUUCACAUCUUCCCGGGCAGAGGCAGCACCCCACCACGGAGCAUCUGCAUUAAGCAGGUCUGUGCGAAGGGCAGGGACGCAGAUAGCAUCGAUGCUGUAACAAGCAGCCUGCGAACUUUGCUGGCUCUGCCUGUGUCCGUAAGGUCCCCACAGGGCUGGGGAACGCGACGCCCUGUGCUUGCUAUGCCCCUCCGCCGUCUAGUGCUGAAGUUGGCUGUCAGAGAAACCUUCGAGGUCCCCUGCUCAGCCGUGGUAGUGUCAUGAGUUAGAUUAGUUGGAGCUGUGCUGGGGGCGGUGAGGGCUUGGAUUACAGUCCAGAACUCAAAGUGCUUCGGAGGUUCACGUCGGAGGGGAGAGGAGACGCCCCAUCGCACACAUGGAGGAAAAAGAGAAAAAACACUGCCUUCAGAAUUGAGGGGAAAUAAAGGAGGCCGGGAACAUGGACUCGGAGUCACUGGACGGUUGCAUUCAGAGUACGUUAUCAGCACUCUACCCUCCAUUUGAGGCUACUGCAGCCACUGUUCUGUGCCAAGUUUUUGAUGUGGUGGAGAAGACGUACCGUGGGGAUGGACUGCGCUACCUCAUAGACUUCCUGAUUCCAGCCAAGCACAUCCUGCAGUGCAUUCAGCAGGAUGCCUGUGUUCAGUACUGUGGCUUGCUGUUUCGCCAUGAGGGCUGGCCCCUGUGUGUUCAUGAGAAGAUUGUAGUCCAGCUGGCUUCUAUUGACUGGCGAAUCUUGAAGCCUGGUGACUUCUACCUGCAGGUGGUCCCCUAUCUGAAGAAGUCUCCACGAAUUGUAUUGAAAUGUUUGGCAAAAGACAAGCAUAAUGUAGAGGAAGUCGUGAUUCCAGAAGUUUCCUAUACCUCUAUUUUUACUCUGGAAUGGUUGAGUACUUUCAAUGGAGAGCGGAUGGGUAUAGCACUGGAAAAUUGUUUACUAACCACUGAUGAUAAAAUAUUUCGUGUCCCCUGGGAUAAAGUGGUUAAUCCUGAAUUUAUAAAUAAGCCAAAAAUAAUUGAAAACAAUAUCAUCUCUCCAGAAAUAACAGAGGAACGUUCCAUUUUGUGCCUCCCCAUGGACCAUGCUGAGUGCAGUUCAACAGACCCAGGAUCUCAGUAUCUACAGGAACAAAGUCCAAAUCAAGAUAACCUGGUCGUUAGCAGCACAGCUCCGCAGUUGAGUGAAGCUCUUGUCAAUGGUGCCUCUACAAGUCCCGUCCCUCUAGACAAUUUGAACAGUGACCUUGAAGGGGAGUACGUUGAGCUGACAGAAGUUUCACUGCCCAGGUUUGGGCCACAAGCAGGCUCUUUAACCCAGUCGCUAGCUCUAAAUUAUCUGACUCAGCCCAGAACACGAGUGAAUACGUCUAAAGGCAACCACAGGUUUAUUGUCAUUCAAGACAGUACCUACUCCAAGAACUUAAUUCAGUCAGCACUUAUGCAGAAGGAGCACUGCCAAAUGGAUGCUGUGAGAACUUCUUCUACAGAAGUUCUCAAAAAUGUAAUUCCGUUGGAAAGCAACAAAAUGAUGGCACAUGGAGAAGUGUCUUCAGAAGGUCAGCUGGUAUCGGGCGGUCCUGGAAACAUGGGAAAUAGUUUUCCUGUGUCUGAGUCUCCUGCCUGCAGUGCAGAAGAUUCGUCUGCACAGCAAGACAGCUGCAGUGAACACUCAAUCGACUGGCGAUAUGCACUGUGCAGCUACAGUAAUGUGUGUGCUGGAGAGGGUGUCAACAGCAAAGCACAAAUGCCUGGUGCUCCUGGAAACAUGGAAGAAGAAAGUGAUGAUCCUAGCAGAAACUGUGGUGCUGAAACAUCAGAGCAGAGCCCAGAAACAAUUCUAGAUGGUACUGCUGCUAAAGAGGAGGUGAUACAUGGAAAACCACUGACUGAGGGUCAAAAUGAGGUGACACAGAUGGAUGCCUCUCAUGUGUCUGUCCCUGCGCCUUUGGGACCACGUUGCACACUGAAGGAAGGUUCUGAUGUUUCUUGCCAGUGUGUCGGUGAAAGCAUUGCACCGAUCCAGGCCACUACAUUGCUUAUCCCUCCUGAGAGUUCAGAUGUAGGUGUGGAGAGAGGCUCUUCUUCUGGGGACAUUGCUGAUGUAGGAGCAGUUGGUGCUUGCUGCAGUGAUCAGAAAGUAAAUCUUAGUUCUCCAUUAAAUCCUCCAGAACAGAACCGAGGAGAAGUAGAUGAAUUUGAACUGGAAAGAAGGGACAGCCCGGAGGAAGUUGAAGAGAUAGGAAAAAUAUUGACUGUAAAUGAGAAUCAGACUACUUAUAGUCACUGUUCUGUCAAAUCUCCUACAGAUGAACUCUUGUCAGAUGGUGAAGAGCAAGAGGUCUCUGCCUGUCAGCAUGAGAAAGCUGAAGAAGCCAUGCUACUGGCAACUGCUCUGUCAGCAGGAGGAGAUCAGACAGCAGAACAAUUAAAUGACAGUGACUCUUUGGGCCCUGGUGCACGAGUGGAAGGCUCAAGGCAAUUCAGAACCCAGAGGUUUGGAGAGAGGUGUGAAGAGCCACAGAAAUGGCCAGAAAACCAGGACAGUAAAGGUGAAGAGAACUCUGUGCUGAACCCAGAGUGUGUUGCAGUACAGAACUUGCAGGAAGGGGAGGAAAAUGAGAGAAGUUUUUCUUAUGGGGAAAAGUCGAAGACUGUAGCCUUAAAAACACUGGAAUCCAUUGAAGAGGAACUGGAGGCUGGACCACUGUCCUCAGGACCCACUGAGGGGGAUGCAGAGCCUGCUACUCCGCGCUCCCACCGAGAGGCAGCUUCUGGGGUAUCAUCUCCUAAAGGACAAAUCUUGGCCGCUGCUGCGGAUUUCAACAAUGAUGGACCCCUCUGGGAGGUGGUGUCGGAAGGGGCAGAGAUGAGAAAAGAAGCAACUGGCACAGAUGCAUUGAAACCAGUGAGUACAGCCAGUGCCCAGGAGGAAACUUCAACAGCUGUUACUCCUCCAACAUCUCCAGUGUCUGGGAGUGCCUGGGGUGGUCGUUUUGCAUCUGCCAUAGUCAAGGAGGUGAAUCCAGAAGUGCUCAGGAGUGGAGUUGCCUGCCUGCCCGGUACCAGAGAUAAAUCAGGACGUGCAGUGGCCAUAAUAACAACAAGGAACACAAUCUGGUUAAACCCCCACUGCAACACCACUGAGCUUGUACGACUUCUGCUGUACUUGCAUAGUAUCCCAAGACCAGAAUGUCAGGCUUUGGGUCUAACUGUUCUUGUGGAUGCUCGUCGCUGUUCACCGGUUCCUGCUCUCUUCAAGGCAUUCAGCACAUUGCAGGACGUGGAUCCUCAUUGUAUUCACGGAGUACUGCUUCUGGUUGAAAGAGAUCUGACUUUUCGGAUGGAGAAGCCACCAGCAGUACAGUUUGAAGUUCUCACCUCCAUGAAAUCCCUUCAUAAGCACAUAGACAGCUCACAGCUGCCUCUAGAACUGGAUGGGACUUUCCCUUAUUGCCACCGGGACUGGUUAAGUUUCCGCAUGAAGCUGGAACAUUUGCUACAAGGAUGCCAAGGUGCUUGUGCCUUUCUCCAGGGAGCCAUUCAUAAAGUGGAAUCUGGAAAAUUACCAGAAAAAGCUGAGGGAGCAGCUGUGCUGCUGAGGAGUUACAGGCAGUUGAUGAAGAACAUUCUUGAAGAUGCACGGCUGGUCAGGCUGCAGCUGGAGGGUGGAGCACUCCUGGCCAGGCUGAGGAAGGAGGAGUCUUGUGUCACCCUCACUCAUGACUACAGAGACGCGCUUGAUGCUGCCAGUGUCCUUUAUAAUCGAGUUGAUGAGGGCGUUCACCGACUGGUGAUGCUGUCGAACAAACGCAUCCAGGAACUGGAGCUGGUGAUGGAUUUCGAUAAAGUGGAAGAAUGUUUUAAGGAGGUCAGCAGUUGGAUUGAGAAUGUUGGCAGAAAACGGCUAAAGGAAACAAUCAACCUGGACGAUUCUUUGGAGAUGCUGCUUCAAGCACAAAAGCAGUUCAGGGAGUUUGAUCUUGUUGCCAGUGAAUAUUGCAGAAGGGGGCAGGAAGCACUAAAGAAGAUGGAUCGAUGGGAAGACUUUUCCUCUGUGGAUGUACAUUCUUACAGGGUGAAGCUGCAGACCUACAAAGAUCAACUGGAAGAGUUCUGCACUCAGCUGGAUGAAAACAGGCAUCGAAUCUGUGAGACAGUCAGGCUGUAUGAAUUCUUUGACAAGGCGUACGAGUGGGCCUUGGAAGGGAUGCGACACCUUGCCUGCAUCAGCAUGGAGGACUGCAGCUCCGCCGAACACUGUGCUGGUGUGAUCAAGUGCCUGGAGAGUUACAAGGGGCAGCACCCAGACAUUAGCGAUGCCCGCUUUCAGGAGAUGAAAGAGCUGGCCUGUGAGCUGAAGAGUGACAAGGGACUCAAGCAGUGGAAAUUUGCAUGGUCCAAAUGCCAGGAGACGAAGCUGGUUUUUGAAAAGAAACUCGAAGCAGCCUUGCGAACGAGGAGGUCUCUGCUGUCAGACCACAAAGCAGCUGCAGGAGAGCAGCCCCGGGCCGGUGGCGAGGCUGGCAGUCUGUCCCACCGGAGGCACUCCGAGGGGGCUGCCUCUGGGUCCCACUGGGACAGGACUUGCAGCACAUCCCACUGCUACAACAGGCCUAACUGCUCUCCAGGGUGGACUAAGGAGAAAUCUCUUUCACCCUCCCUGAGCUGUGCUGGUGAUGUCAGUGCUGGGGAAGAAUUUGUCUGCCAAGCUGCUCUCAGCCCUGGUCCUCACUCGAGCAGAGUUUCUUUUGCCAGUGGGGCCUCCAAGUCUCCAAAGCUGCCAGAAGAAAAGCCAAACCUGGAGAGCAUAUUGGAAACCUUGGAGGUGAAGCCAUCCUGCACCUCCACUCCAGCCUCUGGGAAGCCACCUCCCAGGAGGAUGCUCCGCAAGGCCCAAAGCUUUGAUCUCCCCUGCGGUGAGAGCCUGUGGUCAGGCUGCCAGAGGACGCUGAGCGAGCCGGCCAGGUACGGCAACACCGGUGUCUUUAUUAAGGGGCUGGAGGUGAGCAGCACAGAGCUGGUGGACAGGACUUUUGCUCUGCGGCAGCAAACUGCUCACAGCUGGGCUGCGGACUGUCUGCUGGAGGGACAGAGGGGCUGCCUCUCUGCGUCAGAUGCCAAGAGCUGGGGCAGCAAGCUGCGGCACAUCAUUGAUGAGAUGGUAACCACGGAGCGGGAAUAUGUGAGGUCGCUUUGCUACAUCAUCGAUAGCUACUUCCCUGAGAUGGAGCGUCUUGACCUCCCCCAGGACCUGCGUGGGAAGCGCAGUGUCAUUUUUGGGAACCUGGAGAAACUCUAUGACUUCCACAGCCAGUACUUCUUGCGAGAGCUCGAGAGCUGCUGCAACCACCCACUGCGGGUCAGCCACUGCUUCCUGCGACACAAAGACCAGUUCGGGAUGUAUGCAUUGUAUAGCAAGAACAAGCCAAAGUCAGACUCGCUGCUGGCCAGCCAUGGGAAUACCUUCUUCAAGUUCAAGCAGGUACAGCUUGGGGAUAAGAUGGACCUGGCCUCCUACCUGCUGAAACCCAUCCAGCGGAUGAGCAAAUACGCCCUGCUCCUGAAGGACCUGAUCAAGGAGUGCAGUGAGGCACAAGAGCAGGAGCUGGGCUACCUCCGUGCGGCUGAGGAGAUGGUGAAGUUUCAGCUCCGGCACGGAAACGAUUUGCUGGCCAUGGAUGCCAUCCGCGACUGUGACGUGAACCUGAAGGAGCAGGGGCAGCUGGUGCGGCAGGAUGAGUUCACCAUCUGGCUGGGCCGUAGGAAGUGCCAGCGACACGUCUUCCUCUUUGAGGACCUGAUCCUGUUUAGCAAGCCCAAGAGGAUUGAGGGUGGCUUUGACGUGUAUAUCUACAAGCGCUCCUUCAAGACUGCAGACAUCGGUCUGACGGAGAACUCCGGAGACAGCGGCCUGCGCUUUGAGAUCUGGUUCCGAAGGAGGAAGUCCAGUGACACCUACAUCCUCCAGGCCAGCUCAGCCGAGACUAAGCAGGCCUGGACAAGUGACAUUGCCAAGAUCCUGUGGCAGCAGGCAGCCCGCAAUAAAGGUGUGAUUCCUUCCCGGGGCGUCUGUGCCGCAAAAGAAAUCCGUAUGCAGGAGAUGGUCUCCAUGGGUGUAGGCAACAAGCCAUUCCUGGAUAUCAAACCCAGCGAGGCAGCCAUCAAUGACCGCGCUAUCGAUUACAUCAUGAAAGGCAGAGGCGCCAGGACCAGAGCAUCAAUUGCGGUGUCUCUGUUUGACCAUUCCAACCCAUACAAGAGGACACAGGCGCAGCUCUCCGCUGGCAGCACCCCCACUGCGUACAGCCCUUCCUCCUCCUCCUCCCUGCUGGGGCCCCUCAACCUCCACAUGUACCUGGACCAGGCUCUGCUGCCAGGCGUCCUGGCCCCCCGCCGCCCCUUUGACAUUGGCACCUGUAUCGAGGAAGAUGAGCUGGAGCACGAGACGAGCAGCCAGCCGUCACUGACAACAGAGAGCUCAGAAUCAUCACACUGCAUGUCAGGCAGCGGCUCCAGUGGCUCCGAUAGCGGCUGUGUCUCCAGCAUCCCACAAGAAAGCUUCUGUGAAGACGUGGGCUCACCCCCCUACAUGCCCCUAGGCUCACAACACAGCUCCGCCGUGGAGGAGAAACCCAGGUUCACAAACAGCCAGUACAUUUCUGCAGUAAGUGCCAGCAGCCAAAGUACGCUCUUCACUUUGCCUGUUCCUGCAACUGCCUCCCUGGUUCAAAGCGCUGUCUCUUGUGGCGGGACUGAAGAUGCUGCUUUUGGGCUGGGAGUCCCUGUGGGGAAGUGACCUCUCUCUUGGGCAGGCGAAAGCCCCUCUGUCACAAGAGUCUCCCCUGUUGUGGCCAAGGUCCCUGAGGAGAUGCACUGGAAAGGACCUGCAGUGCUGUAGACUACACCAGGAGGGGGUGCUGCACACAUGAGCUGUAAUGCUGUCAUGGGUUGGGGAUGGCUGGAGCUCUGCUGCAGAUGCUGCUAAGCUCCUUUCCUGGGAAAUUUGGGCCUUUUUUGGGGAGCAGUGAGAUGCAGGAGCGGGAGCCAGUCACUCUGAGAUGUCAGUGUGUCUCCUCGUAUGUUCCUUAGAGUUCUCAGCUGCUUGCCUUCUCACUAGAUCGUGUCCUGAUGCUGUUGUCCUCUAACCCUGUACUAACGCUGGCUUCUCUCCUCUGCAGAAAGCAGGCCAGGUCACCAUAAGUUCUUCGACAAUAGUGUGAGCCCCUCUGCACACGUAUACCGCCUAAGGAAGCGGAGUUGUUGUAAGUAGCCCCUGAAGGGGAUUUUCCAGCAGCUCUGAGUGCUGGUCAGAUUUGUCAGUAGCUCUGAGUCAGGAGAACUUCACCCUCUGCUUCAUGAUGAGAAGUGUUCCACACACAUUCCUGACCCAUCUCUGAGACUCUGCUUCAUCUGGUUAGAGAAGACCCACUCCCACAGAGAUGGCUUCUGUAGAGACGUCACCUUAAACGGCCAGUCUGAUGCCUCUCUGGCCCGAAGGAGCAGAAGCCAAACAAGCAAAAUCACUUUCAGGUUGUAGAGGCUUGAGCACCAUCUAGUCAUGAGCUUUCAGAUGAGCUGCUUUCCUCUGAACGCCGCCCAGCUGUCUAACUACUAAUCUGUUUCUUGUGGCUGUUUGCUGAAAUCUGACUCUUUGUUGGUCCCUCUGAACUGCUGUGGGGAAUCUGUGGUAUUCUCCCCAAGCUGGAUUUGUCCCACAGUUUCUUUUGAAGCUGAUGUGCAGGAAACUACACAUCACCAGGCAGAGGAACCUGCUUAGGUUAUGGUCAGGAUGUCCUGAGGGAGCUGCCAGUAUGUACAGCUUCUCCUGUACGUACAGAUUUCUGGAGGAUGUCUUGUCUGUGAGGAAGUUGCUGUUGAUCUGAGGAGGGAUGAGCCCUGGCAAGAUUUGCAGCCAGGCGGGGCUUCCUACAUGUGGGUGACAGCCCUUGGAAAGUCAUGUCGUGACCCACUCAAACUAGCCUGCUUCUGGCUCAGCUUUUUCCUCUCUGUCCUUAGGAUGGAGCUGCCCUUUUGGCAGGGAGCAGAGGGUAUGAAUGUGGCAGGAUUAGGGCGAAGAGUCAAGGCACAAGGAGGUAGAUGCCUUGUAGGUUUGGUACUGUGGAGGUGUUACAAGCACACAGGCCUCUGGCUUGUGAUCUGCAGGUACUGGAAUUUGUAACCAGCUAAACAGAACCAGCCAAGGGUAAAAUUUGGGCUCUGGAGCCCCUCUGGGGUGAGACACAGACAAGACCUUUGAAGUGGCCAUGGAAGUGGUGGGGUGGGGCAACAGCACGUAGCCUUGGGGUGAGUCCUGAGGUGCAGAGGCUCUGCAGGUGCCUCUGCCUGAGGCUCUUACCAUCAAAUGUUCUUUCCCCACCAAAACACAGCUCUGACAAACAGUGGUUUUUCAAGUGUUUUGCAAAAAUCACUGCUGGCCAGGACAGAGGGACCUGUGGGAUCCUGCCCUGUCACGGGGGUCCAGCCAGUCUAACCCAUUGCACGGUGCUGUGUUCCAGGUUUGAUUGCCAUUUCAAACUCUCUGAAGAUCCCAGGCCUCUGACCCGCGGAGACAGUCUUCACCCAUGAAGAUUCUUUUUCUUUUUUAAGACACAUAAUUAGGCUCUUUCAAACAGCCCAAACCUGACCUCUGGCUGGGGCAAGUCCCAAGAAGGUUUCUGUCAACUACAUGUAAUAGCUUUGGUGUUGGAUGGGACCCUGGGCAUUCAAAACUUGUUAGCCCUAUAUUUAUGAGUAAUAAGUAACAUAGCAGUUUGGGAAAAAAAAAAAUAUUAUUUUUAAAGCUAUGAGCUGUACAGAUUUUUGUUACAAGUGACUCUGUUACUGUUUGUUCUGUAAGCUGCACAUUUUAUAAAGUUUUUGGAAGGGCAUGAAGAGAAACUGAGGUAUUUAAGAAAAGUAGUGUAACUUUGUUUCAGGGUUAUAUUGACCUGGAGCUCAAGAUUUAAUGUCCUUCCUUAUGUUCUAAAUAUGUCUAUCAUAGCAAUAAUUUAUUUUCUUGGCUUAACACUUCUGUUUUAAUAAAAGCAAUUUCAUUGUUAGAAUGACUUGUUUCCUCAGAUGAUUCUUGCAGUGCCUCAGUGCUGAGCUUAUCUCUGUCUUAACUACCUGUCAGCUCUUUGUCUCACUGUGCCAUCUCUGCACUAACCAACUGCCAGCUGAACCUCACACCUGAGCCUGUUCCCCGGGAGAGGAGGAAGAUUCCCAGGUGGAGACUUCCCGGAUGCCGGUGGGAAGGCCGGGGCAGGGCGGGGGCUCCAGAGCAGCCACAGAGAUGUCACACAAAUCACCAAAUUUCCUGUCUCUAAUUUUAAGCCUGGCACCCCGUGCGGCUGCUGGCCCUGCAGCAAGUCUCUGUCUCUCUGUGGGGCUGGGUUUCAGUCACCCAGGGUGCGAGUGGCAGUGUUUGAACUGCAGCGUGCUGUGCCCUGGUGUUUUUGGGGCUGGGGACUGGUUGCUUGUCUCGCCUCUGACUCGGCCCCUCUGGGUUUUGGCUCGUUUGAGGGGCUUUGGAUGGUGGUAGCAUUUGAGACCUACAGGUUUUAAGUAUAAAAGGUUGAUUAUAAUGCUGAACCUUAAAUGCAUCUCAUCUGGAGUGUUCCAAUGUUGCCUAUUCGUGAGUAACAUCAAAGCUCACUGCGUGGCUGUGACACCCUCUCUGUGCUCUUAGCGGAAGUGAAAAUUAGCAUUUUUGGAAACUGUAGUUACUUGCUGCUGAGCUCCUGUUUACUCCUGGUUGAUGGAGUGCUGUCAGUCAGCUCCGCCAGCUGGUGUCACGUUUACCCUGCAGAAGAUGGAGCAGGAAUUUGUUAAUCUGUGCUUUUCUGCCCGUAGCUGUGGGGUGAGGGAGCUGCCUGGUCCUCGCCAGCGCUGUGCUGCAGCUGAGGUGUUAAACCUCGCAACCAGCUGAGUUACCCUCAGUGUAAAGACCAUGUUCCUUCACGCUUGGAAUUCCUGUACUGUACAGAAAACACUUGUUUAUUUUUAAUAAGCUGGAUGUUUUUUAAAACCUUGUGGGGGUUGUUUUUUUUUUUUAGGCAAAGAGAACAGAGUUUGACACAUUUGUACAAAAUUGUGUGGGAAACAGUUGCACAGGGAACUCUUUAAAAGUUACUGUUUUAAAAUAAUUGCUGAGUUAAUGCAAGAUUUUUGGGUUGUUAAGACAGCAAUAGCUCGUGGCACAAGAGGGAGAGACUUUACUAAUGCAACAAAAGGAACAUGAACCUUCCUGAAUUUCUCAGUUUCAAAGGUUUCUGCAUUGCUGGAAAAACCUUUAGUAAUGUUUACCUGACUGUUUUUUUCAGGGUUUGAUUGAUUUGUCUAAUAAAGGUUAUUUUCUUUAUAUGAA